UUUUCCUGUCGCUUUUUGGCGGUUGAUUUAAAUUUGAAAGUGUUUUAAUUUGUUCAAACCCAAAUUAAGAGCGCCACGAUGCAGUUCUAUUUAAGAGUUCUUCAUCCAGUUUCAAUUUAUUAAAUUUUAUUGGCUGAAAUUGUUAAACAGAAAUAAAAAGAGCUUACAUAAUACAUCAAUCAAAUCCGAAAAUCAUUGACAGAAAACUUUCCAUUCAUUGUGGCUCGUGGUUGGUUAUGAAUACGAUUCUCGAGACGAAAUCUUGAAUGAUCUAUUUUUAGUUAAUUUUAAGAAUUAAAUUAGUUCACGUAAGAAGUAAUUAGGUUUUAAAUUAUAUGUUAAUUCUGUGUUAUUAGAAUAAAUUAAUAUAUUAGUAAAUUUACUGACUCGGCGCAGUGCACACUUCCGUUCCGUUCGAAUCGAAAAACAAAGAUGGCCUUCUUCUUUCUCUCUCGCCAAGCGGCCACCAUUCCUUUUCAAAGCGCAUUCGCAGGUCAGUGCUCAAGUUUGCAGUCAGGAUUAACAAGCUCCUUUUUACGAAAUCUGUGUACAAAAAUGGGUCUCCCAAGAGUUUUCUUCGAUAUGGCCGCUGAUGGCCAACCUUUGGGCCGUAUCGUCAUCGAGCUCCGUUCUGAUGUAGUACCCAAGACUGCAGAGAACUUCCGUGCUCUCUGCACCGGAGAAAAGGGUUUUGGCUACAAGGGUUCCACCUUCCACCGUGUCAUCCCCAACUUCAUGUGCCAAGGUGGCGAUUUCACCGCUCACAACGGUACCGGAGGCAAAUCUAUCUACGGAAGCAAAUUCGAAGAUGAAAACUUCACCCUGAAGCAUACAGGACCUGGAGUAAUGUCAAUGGCCAAUGCCGGACCUGACACUAACGGGUCUCAAUUUUUCAUUACCACAGUUAAAACAUCUUGGUUAGAUAACAGGCAUGUUGUGUUUGGUAUGAUUGUUGAAGGUAUGGAUAUUGUGAAGAAAAUUGAAGCCCUUGGCUCUCAAUCUGGAAAAACCAUGAAGAAAAUCACUGUAGCAGACUCUGGUCAAUUGUAAAAUUCCUAAAGCAAAUAACUGUAUACAAUUUUAUGCAGAUGCACCUGUUUACAACAUUACCUAUUUGUCCAAUUCUUUAUUUCAAAAUUGAUCCAAUUUUUCUUUUAUUAUCAAACUGCCAACUUGGAAUUUCAAAUUUUGGCGCUACUAGUAUAUCUUAAUAAUAAUACCUAAUAACUGAAAGCAUGUAUCACAUUAAUUUGGUCUGAUUAUAGCUUAGAUGGCUUAAAUUUAGUUAAUAAUCAUAAUCAUUGCUGGGGGUUGGUAGAGUUUUCAAACAAUUUAAAUAAAAACUUUGUUAUUAAUUAAUCCAUUUCACCAUUUAGAUAAUUUGGGUGUAUCGUAUGAGGAACAAUUUUUAAGUGUUUUUCUAUACGUUUGUGAUCCAAUUUUGGCGCUCUUAGCCUCUAGUUUUAGUGAUAAAUGUCUGCAUUUAACAUUUUUACUUCAGAUUGGCGUCAAAAAAGUAAUAAUACAAUUUUAAAUCAGUUAUUUGUGUUUUAUUUUCUAUUAUUUUUGUUUUU